AUGCAGACGAGGGCGCAGUUGGCAGAGCUUCAGGGAGAGCUGCGGAGCAACAGCAUCAUUGCCGAGGUCUCCAACUGGAAAGAGGACAUCCGUGACUGGCGAAAGCUCAGCUGUGAAGCCACCGCACGGCAAUGGAAGGAACUGCAAGAGUCUCCGCCACCACCAAAGACACCACGGCUCUAUUCUACUCAUUUGAGGUUGCCUGUAGCGGCGAUUCAACGCAGACAGUUGUGUGUUGAAGGGUUGCUCAAUGCCAUUGCUGUGGGCAAUCUACAGGCUUGUGAAGAGGGGUAUUUCUGGGCACCUGGUUUCGCUCCGGGCGCAGUCGAGCAUCCAUUGCGUGCACCGCUGUCCCAUGCUUCAAUGCCAACUAUGCGGCCAAAAUCCAGUCCUGCUCAGAUCGAAGCAGUGCACGACCAGGAUGUCCUUCAAUUGUGCCGAAGUGCUGCCCAGUCUGGUCAACGAACCGCCCUGGUCCACUUUGCGCCAGCUGGUGAAGAGCAAGCAUUGCCAAUGCGAGAGCUGCGCGAGUCACAGCUAUAUUUGAGGACCACGUAUCUUUACGCUUUGAGCACAUUGCCUCGGCAGAUGCACAAGGAUGCUUCCAAGGCGUUGCAGGACGGCUGCAUCAUACACACUGCACAUGUUUCGAUCUUGCGCGGAGACGUCGCUGAGGGCGCUCCUUGGCUUGAGCCCACAGAGAUCGAAGUCCUCACGGUGGCCUUGCAGCGCAGACCGUAUGCAGACCACCACGAGCAAUAUGGCCGGAUCCGCGAAAAGGCGGCAGUGGCAAAGACCAUUGACGACAUUUUCGCGAGUGCUGCUGAAUUUGGCAUCGAGGUAUUGGUCUUUCCUCCUCUGGGUAUCAAUGGCUCUUUUGGCUGCUAUCAUCCACCUUCAGAUGCUGGACAACUGCUUCGGCAUGCAGCACUAUCAGGUGGCGAUGUAAAGGUGUUGGUCGCGAAACAGCAUUCUGGACCCCUGGGGGGUUGGGCAUCUUUUGCAGAUGCUGUUGUGAAUGGCCGAGCGCCACUGAAGCGGGAGCCUCCUAUCCCGAUGCAUUUGUCGCCUUACUUCAAUUGCUACUUGGGCCCGCUUCCAAGCCAAACAACGAUCUAG